AUGUCCGUCCACAGGCGGCAGUCGACCGGAAUUACGGUAUCGACAAACAACACCACUGUGACUUCUGGCAUAGCGAGCUCGAACGCGACCAACUCGACAAGCGCCUUAGCGGCAGCAUUUUCUCUUGCCGGUCUGAGCUUCAGGUCUCAUGCUGCGAAAGCGGCCCUCCUGACCCUUACUCCCCACCAUCUUUUCUACCUCCUUUCGCGCAUGGAAGAGCUGGACAUCACAGUCGGUCCAAUGAACAUUCGCCUGGAGAACCUGAGUACCGAUCCUACUCCCUCCAACUAUGUCUCCUUCUUGCAAGCUCAUAAACCUGCCAAAGGCCGCAGCGAUAAAGACUCGGUACAUUCGGUCUCAAGUAUGCGCAGCGUCAUGUCGGGAAUGAGCUCCUUUUGGUCAUCCAUCGGCCUCGGAGGAAAUAACUCCAAGAGCGAGAAGGCCAAAGCUCUCACGCAGGCCGACCUGACCUAUCUCUAUUCUGCCUUUACCAAGCUUCCUUCUUUACGCCUCACUAGUGACCACCGCGCUCGGCUGAUCAGGGGCUAUGAGGAGUUUCCCUUCGAUACCGCUGUCCCAUUAUUUGCCUUCAAAAACCUGCAGCAGCUGGACAUUGUGGACCUUGACUUCCGCCAGUUCUAUGGUUGGGAUCGACUCGCUGAACAAUUGACUCUGCUUACUGUUAAGCGAGCGAAUGUCUCUGACCCUACCGAGCUGCUCACCAACAUAGUUCUUGAUGAUGCGGAGAAGCGUCGCAGGCGGUCAACCAAGGGAGGCCGGGGAUCUCCCACAAUGAGUGCCUCCUGGACAGUGCCAUCGACUCCCAGAGCGGAAUAUGCUCAGUCCCAUUCCGACCCAGGGUCCCCCAAUCCAGGGAGUCUAGAGAAUGAAGAAGAAGCCAUCGGACCAGGAAACAAAACGAGACCACUCUCGGGGAGUGUGUCUCCUAAGAGACCCGGCGCGUCCCGCCCUGCCAGCUCUUACAGGCAUAUCCGGACAUACUCGACUACCGUAAAACGAACAGGGUCUGGCAGUUCAUAUUCCAGCGAAUACUCAAUCCAGGCUCAUCGUAGCGAAAGCAGUCCCAAUAUUCUGAGCCUGAAUAUCUUACCUUCCUCGAAAUGGCAGAGACUGAAGUAUCUCUCUCUUGCCGACAACUCCAUGACUACCAUCUCCGCGAAGAGCUUAGUUCCGAUAGCGAGCACUCUGAGAUCUCUGAAUCUCUCCUCGAAUCUCUUCACCGAGAUCCCCGAUGGCCUAGCAUCGCUGACGAGGCUGGUGUCUCUUGACUUGUCGAAUUGCAUGAUCGGUUCAUUGCAAUCGCUGUCAAGGUCGCCGCUCCCCGCAGUUCUGACGAUCAACCUGAGAGGCAACCGCCUCAACUCGUUGGCAGGUGUGGAACGGUUACUUUCUUUAGAGCAGCUCAACAUUCAAGACAAUAAGCUGGCUGACCCUAUGGAAAUGGCGAGGCUAACCGGUAUUCCGAACCUCAAGCGAGUCUGGGUCAAACGAAACCCCUUCACUCAGACUCACACUGACUAUCGAAUAACCACAUUCAAUCUUUUUAGAAGCACUCCGGGCUACGUGGAUGAUAUUGUCAUUGACAAAUCCGGUCCAGGCUAUUCGGAGCGCAAACAACUGGUCGACCGAGUUCCCGAAGUCGAGAGGCAGAUUAUUCAGCCGUCAAUUCGAAUCGCCGAGCAGCCUGUGAUUGUGCAACUGGCCAACUCUGCUCAGCCCAGCUCGUCUGACGUGGCGGAGGUCUUGACGAACGGCUCUCGACGAAAGAGGGCGCCUCGGCGACGGAUUGUUGAUUUGGCGCACGACGAGACUUUUGCGCGAGUUCCUGACGAGGAUUUGGCUGCGACUCUUGGUCACGGUGCUAAUGUGGUCACACAUGACGCGGCUCGGUUGUCCAUCGACCCAACGGUCCCGAGAUCGAUAACCAUAAAGACACUGGUCGAAGAUGGUUAUGACGGCUCCACAGAUGCUCUUUCUGUUGUCUCAAGCGAGCCCACAAAGCAACAGGAAGACUAUCGAGCCAAGGUGGAAGCACUCCGCCAAGAAUUUGGAAGCAAUUGGCUAAGUGCGCUGGGAGAACAGAACUGGCAUAACAGCCACCAGUUUGAAGUUUUGCAGGGGCAAAACAUGGGCCAUGAUGCACUGCACCGAUCAGGCCACCAUCAGAUCAUUGUCAGCGGUGGGCGGACUCUGGGUUGA